AUGCUGCACUUUCCAGGCGCUGCUUGUUCACUGUCCAAGAGAAUUACUGAGUAUGGCACGCCUGUUGAUUUCACGGCCUUCCACUUCGAGUUCAACAGAAAACUGAAAGUUCGUCAACAGUGCAGCAGUGGUGUUGUCGGCCUGUAUCUUAAAAGAUUUGUCCUGCUUCAUGAACUGCUGCAACGGAAUAUUGCUGCACCACAGUGGUCUGCACAGUUGCGGGCAUUCCUCGAGCAUUUGGGUGUUUGUGACCUGCAGUAUUCAAGUAAAUAUUUUACACUUCGAAACGGUGGCCGACUGUUAAAUGUGGGCGGAAAUGAAAGCGGUGUUGAAGCAGGACUGCAAAACAAAACUAUUUAUCAGCGACACGAGUACCACGGUAGCACUUACGCUUCGCGGAGUUGGUUGCGACAGAGCAAAACUGAUAAGUCCUAUGUAGCGCUCUUUCAGAAUAAUGUGUUUCAUUUUGCUCGAAUAUCAUUCUUUCUUUAUGAUAAGUCGAAGGAGGCAUUUGUAGUAGUUAAAAUGUUCCGGGUAGAAAACAUGUUUGAACAGCUUUCUGAUGAUUUUGUAAGCAGAAUUACUCCGCAGUUCUCGCACUUGAUUGUUAAUUACCCUUCAAGUCUUCGCUUUUUCAAACGAAUUGUUGCUGAAGAUAAAAACUGCUCCGUUCUGCCAGUGGAUUGUGUAUUCGGCCAGUUCUGUUACAUUCGCAUUGCUGAGCAGUGCUUUGCCAUUGAUUUGUCAUGGAAAAGUAGUCAUCAAUAA